AUGGUAUGGAAUGUCACUGUUGACAAAGAUUUCCUCGUGAUUUGUAAAGCCGAUGAUUUCCAGAACAACAUACGGGUUGCAGAGAGCGAUUCGUUGAAGAUCAUAGUAGCUGAACAAACAGUGUAUUUAAAGACGGAAAUCACCAAAAGUCCUAAGGCAACCAAAGAAGAAGCGGGCACAAUCUACCCUGGGGAUCAGAUAAAGCUUUUCUGCAGUGCUGCCAAUGACGAACACGUGUGGGUGAACAAAAACUUGAGAGCACUGAAUAGUCGAGAUUUC